GAUGAUCGGCCCGCACCGCCGGCAGCACCCAACAUUGUGAUGUCGUCGAAGGAUCACGAUUCUCUCUUCAGCGGUGGUGGCAUCAGCUUUCUCUCUGGAAGUCGAAAUGGAAGAUUUAGCUAUGGAUAUUCCAGUUUCAAGGGUAAAAGGUCUUCAAUGGAGGAUUUUUUUGAGACCAAGAUAUCAGAGGUUGAUGGUCAGACUGUUGCCUUUUUUGGUGUUUUUGAUGGUCAUGGAGGUUCCCGAACUGCAGAAUACCUGAAGGAUAAUCUGUUUAAAAAUUUAAGUAGCCAUCCUGACUUUAUCAAAGACACAAAGACUGCUAUUGUUGAAGCAUUUAAACAGACAGAUGUUGAUUAUCUCAAUGAGGAAAAGGGCCAUCAGAGGGAUGCUGGGUCCACUGCAUCAACAGCUAUGUUGUUGGGCGACCGAAUUCUUGUUGCAAAUGUUGGCGAUUCCAGAGUAGUUGCAUCCAGAGCUGGUACAGCUGUUCCUUUGUCUAUCGAUCACAAACCUGAUAGAUCUGAUGAGCGUCAAAGGAUUGAGGAGGCAGGGGGAUUCAUAAUUUGGGCAGGGACAUGGAGGGUUGGUGGUGUUCUUGCUGUUUCCCGUGCAUUUGGAGAUAAACUUCUUAAACCAUACGUUGUUGCUGACCCAGAGAUUAAGGAAGAAGAAAUAGAUGGUGUGGAUUUUAUCAUAAUCGCCAGUGAUGGUCUUUGGAAUGUCAUAUCAAACAAGGAGGCGGUGUCUUUAGUACAAAAUAUCACAGAUGCAGAAGUGGCGUCCAGAGAACUCAUUAAAGAAGCUUAUGCGCGAGGAAGCUCAGACAACAUCACUUGUGUCGUCGUUCGAUUUGAUCUCUCCUGAUCCGACUCCAUGCUUUUCAGGUGUCUGCCAUUUCUAUGAACUGAAAUCCACUCAUUUUGUAGUUUUCUUAUGUUGGAGUGUAUUACUUCUCUUAAUUUUUUCUCUUCUUGACGGUGCAGUUUUAUAUAUUUUAUUCAGAUAAGGAAAUAGUUAUAGAUGCAUUUGAUUUUACCCUUGAAGGAUGAAAGCUCCAUCUCCAGAAUCCAGUUUUAUGUUGGAAGACUUGUUCCCUUCAUUGAUACACAUGAUAUUCUAUUUGUUUGUUUGUUAUGUUGUUAAACCCUCCAACUCCAACACCCUAAAAUGAAAGCGUGGUGCUAUUGAAGUCAAACCUGGGUUGUGUUGCAUGUAAAUCUCACGAAAUAUAAAUACACACGCAUUGUUUCUUCUUGCAAAUGAUUGAACUUCA